AUGGGGAAGCGAUAGGAUCUAUCUAUUUUUCCAAAUAUAGACUUUAUGGGUAAUACGUUUGGAAGCCCAUUGAUAGUUGCAAUGUUAAAUGAUAAAGGCAUAUCCAAGGAACGAGUUAUUGUGCUACAUCACCUACUUCUUGACAGGAAAGAAAACCUUUCUUCCCAGGUUGUGAAACAACAGUUGUGACAGGAGCACCAGGUUAUACAUUGAAGGCAUCGAGUUUUCUUGUUGUUGACAUGUGGGCCUGGGCUCUCUUACCGAUAUUCCUAACAAUAUGGGGCACAGUUGGAAUAUGGAUUGUGUAUAUAAUAGCUGUGUACAAUGGCUCAGUCAGCGUGGGAGAAAGUUUUCCUUUUAUCAGCACUUGUGGGUCCUAUCCUCCCCAGAGUUGUAUAUUUGCCCAAAUUCUUAAUGUAGGGGCAAUGUUGGUGAUCUGGAUCAUUGUUAUACGCUUUCAACAAAUCAGAGAUUAUGGCUGCCAUUCUCAUGUCAAUUCUGUGGGCCUGGCUAUGGGAUUUCUUUGUGCUUUAGGGACUUCACUAGUCGGUAAUUUUCAGCAAUCCAAUCAGCUGGAGACGCAUCUUGUUGGAGCUUUCCUGGCAUUUAUCAUUGGUGUUGUUUACUUCUGGAUACAAACAUACCUGACCUACAGAGUACAGCCAAGACAUGGCGGCUGCUGGAUAGGACCACUGCGGUUUAUUCUCACACUUUGUGCAACAGCAUUGAUUAUUAUUAUGAUUGUAUUCUAUACCAAGCAGAUGAAGUCUGCAUCUGCCAUAUGUGAAUGGAUUUUAGCGAUGGUUUUAUUUGUGCUGUUUGGACUCUUCUGCGUUGACUUCUGGUUUCUUGAAGGACACUUCUUCCAUGUCAGGAAAAGGAGGGUGGUUAUUCCCAAUGAAAUUCAACUUUCCACUGUCACCCUGAGCUUAUAGAUACAACAUGUUACAGAGUGCCAUACAGUGAUUGUGCCAAGACUGUUGUGCUGCCAUGGGCAGUGAAUGGAGAAUUCAGGGAAUUGUCAUUUAUUAUGUUAGCAGAUAUCUGGACUUUUACUACCUACCAGUAUUGUACUACUAUGAAUGAAGUCUUUACGCUUGGACUAGGUGACAGCUUUGGUAUAUGACAGUACAUGGCUGCCACUCAACACACUGGAGAAAUCAGGGCAAUAUCGUAGGUAUACAAGACUUAGUCAACUCAGCUAUUGUGGUUUAAUGUAUUUGUGUCAUAUACAUUUCAGGUAAACAAACAAGGGACCAAAUUUAAAGACAUUUUUUUACCAAAACUGUAGAUGGAGAAAAGACCAUUUUCCAAAAUUUGUAAUGUAAUUUUUUGCUGAUCUUUUUAAUGUGUGUUUAUUAUUUAUUUCCAUGUAGUGAGACUGUGGUUCCUGACAUAUCUCUGGAAUGUACAAUCUAUAGCUGUUCAUACAUGAUAGACUAAAGUUGGUAAAAUCCACCACUGCUUUGUUUGUCCGACUGUCUAAGGUGUAUAGGGGGCCCCCAUCUCUCCACCGACCAAUGAUGAUGUCAGUGGAGAGAAGGGUCGGUUGUGUUGGAUUUUUUUCACCUUAUCUUUGGCUGCAGCUUACCCCUCCCCUUCCCAUAGACAACCCAUUAACUGUUUGACCAUACCAAAAGUUCAUCUGUAUGGGGAAGUUGGGAGAGAUAACUGUCAGCUGAACAAACAUGUGGCACUAUGUGGGAAAUUUAUCAAAACCUGUCAAGAGGAAAAGUUGCUGAGUUGCCCAUAGCAACCAAUCAGAUCGCUUCUUUAAUGUUUCAGAGGCCUUUUUAAAAAUGAAAGAAGAGAUCUGAUUGGUUGCUAUGGGCAACUCAGCAACUUUUCCUCUGGACAGGUUUUGAUAAAUCUCCCCCUAUGUGUAGUAUUUUAGCACAAUCCCUUUUUCUAGACUGAGCUGCAAUAUCAGACAGAGCCCAUGCAUUGCACAUCCAAGAGUACUGUAAUACCAUCAAUAAUAAUACAUAAAAAAGCCAUUUAGCAUUAAAAUAUACAUUCAAAUAUUUUACAGUUUGCAUUAAAGUGAAUUAAAGGGGUACUCCCGUGGAAAACUUUUUUUUUUUAAA